AUGCAUGAUCGAUCAUACGAUACCAUUGUCGGCCAACCGAGAAAUCACCAUUACGAAAACGAUAUACAUUAUACUUUACAGAUGUGUCAAUGGCUGUUGAAGGGGAUCGGAGUGUGGCCUCUAGUUUAUAGACAGACUAGCAAAUUGGAACAGCUCAUUUCGCUCUUUCUGAUGACCACGUGCUUGUCCAGCCUGUUCUUCGUUAUCAUACCAUCCGGUCACCAUAUCUUUUUUGUGGAGAGAAACGUACACAUUAAAGUAAAGAUGCUUGGUCCCGUUGGUUUCUGUUUGUCGUCUACGAUUAAAUACUUGUACCUUGGUCUGAAAGGACCUUCCCUCAGACAUUGUAUACGACAUCUCGAAAGAGACUGGAAGAUGGUAGAAGAUCCGCGUUAUCGAACGAUCAUGUUAAAGUACGCAACCAUCAAGAGGACUAGGCAGAACAACACGUUGAGGCCGCUGACAUACCUUGGUUACGAUCCGUUUUUUGAUACACAAUCCAGCCCGACAUACGAAAUCGUGUUUUGCAUUCACUGCGUCACGGCUAUGGUUAUGUACAGCGUCACGACCGUAACAUAUAGUUUGGCAGCGAUUUUUGUUACUCAUAUCUGUGGACAGAUUCAGAUACAAAUAGUAAGGUUACAAGAUUUGGUGAAGAGCCAGGAGAAAAAAGAGGAUGGACGUGAUUCAUUCGCUUUUAUCGUACACGAUCACGUGGAAGUUUUAAGAUUUUCGAAGAAUGUCGAAGGAGCUUUACGCGAGAUGUGCUUAACGGAAAUCAUAGAAUCAACGAUAAUUAUGUGUUUACUCGAAUAUUACUGCAUGACGGAGUGGCAAAACAGCGAUACAAUUGCGAUAUUAACUUAUUUUACCUUGUUGAUAUCCUUUACAUUUAAUAUAUUUAUAUUUUGCUACAUUGGCGAAGUUCUCACCGAGCAGUGCAGCCAAAUUGGUACUGUUUGUUAUGGAAUCGGUUGGUAUAAUUUGCCAGUUAAGAAAGCUUACGAUCUUGUUCUACUGAUCUGUGUAUCCCAAUAUCCACCGAAACUUACAGCUGGAAAAAUAAUCGAUUUAUCACUGAAUACGUUUAAUUCUGUAGCCAAGACGUCAGUAAUUUAUUUAAAUUUACUUCGAACAGUUACGGACUGGUAA